AUGGCGCUUUCGUCUCGAGCGCAGGAGCUCGCCAAGCCGGACCCCAAGUUCUUCUUCUGGGAGAUCAUCCAGAAGCCAUGGCAUCCUCAGGACAAACCCGAUGGCUACGUGUGCCUGGGUCUCGCUGAGAACGUGCUGAUGCAUGAUGUACUGGCGGAGCACAUCCAACGGAAUAUUUCUCUCGUCAGCAGCGACUUCACGUACGGAGACGGCAAGAAGCAUCUCCGCUCGACCUUGGCCAGGUUCCUCAACCGAAAUUUCAAACCGAUCGUCCCUGUUGACGCCGCUCAUAUCACGCCUACCAACGGCUGCAGCUCUGCUAUCGAGCAUGCUGCCUGGGCCUUUGGCAACUCUGGCGACUCAUUUCUACUGGGCAGGCCGUUCUAUGGCACCUUUGUACCGGACGUCACGCUUCGCAUGGGGACUAAACUGGCACAGGUUGAGUUUGGUCCCGACACUGACCCCAUUGGACCGGGAUGCGUGUCCAAGUACGAGGAGAAGAUCCUCGAGGUGCAGGCAAGCGGUGGCAGGGUCGCGGGCUUGAUACUCGCGCACCCUCAUAACCCGCUGGGGAGGUGCUAUCCGCGGGCGGUUCUGAUCGAGCUCAUGAAGCUGUGCCAGAAGCACCAGAUCCAUUUCAUCAGUGAUGAGAUCUACGCCCUGUCCACCUUCGCGAACACAGUAGACAGCGUGGAGGUACAUCCGUUCGAAUCGGCAUUGUCCAUUGACACGGCGGGCGUCAUCGACCCGAGCCUGGUCCAUGUCAUCUGGGGCAUGUCAAAGGACUUUGGCGCCAACGGCAUCCGACUGGGUGCUUUUAUUUCUCAGCACAACGCUGAGCUGCACCGUGCUUUGCUGCCGGUGUCGCUCUAUAGUUCGACCUCGGCCAUUACGGACUGCGCUGCAGCCAACAUGCUGAACGACGACCAGUGGGUGGGCAAGUAUAUUGAGGAGAAUCAGAGGGCUCUUCAGAGCAAUUUUGAACAUGUUGCCACGUGGGCCAAGGGCCACGGCUUCGAGUACGCGCCUGGGGUGAAUGCUGCCUUCUUCCUCUGGCUGAACCUGGGCGCGGCCUAUCGCAAAUUGCAUCCAGAGCUGGAAGAGAAGGGAGGUUUAGAUAUCGACCAAUUGGUGAUGGACGCACUGCUUGGCGAAAAGGUCUUCUUGGCAUCGGGGGCGCAGUUUGGCUCUGAGAGUCCAGGCUGGUUCAGGAUUGUGUUCUCGCAGAAGCGGGACUACCUGGAUGAAGGACUGCAGCGGAUUGUUGCUGCCAUUCAGAAGCGAGGUUGA